AUGACCACUUUGCUACCCGCUUUACCAGAGAGGGAUGUUCUGUCAUCUCCAGAGCCCAAUCGACGAAAGCGAAAUAAUCCAUCCUUCCUAAAAUCCCAAUGCCAAUAUCGGAAAUCCCCUGAAGUCGAAUGCUGCCCAGUUCACACCAGUUCAAUAUCCUCACCCUCAUCAACGGGACAGUCUUCUCCCAUCUUCUCGUCGGUCUUCUUGCAUUCCAGCCCUCCAUCGAUCACCCUACCUCCCACACCUGAAGAGCCAGAGGACGAUGAGAUAGUAUUCCCUUCAUAUGACGCAGCCUCUUGCGGUGAAGAAGAUGAUAAGGCGUCGGUCGACUCUGCGUUUUUCUCUCCCAACUCUCCCACGACGGAUCAAUCGAGAUGCGAUUCCGUAAUGCCUCUGGUUGUCGGGGAUGAUGCUUCUAUAAAGGAUGAGCCUACGAGACAUGUUGACUACCUCUCGCAUGAUUGGAAAGAGGAAGAUAUUUGGAGCUCUUGGAGGUAUAUCGUUUCCAAACGGGAUGAAUAUAACAACGGCAUGAGGUUAGAGAACGCAGCCUGGAGGACUUGGGCAAAGGCAAAGCAUCGACUUGGAACUGUCACUCCGGAGUCUCUGAAUUGGCUCAAAGAUUGCGAUGUUACUUGGCUUUAUGGCCCAUUGCAGACCUCUUCCAAACUAUCCCCAUCGGUUUCCUCUCCACCUCCUACUCGCCUUUCCACUUCUGGCUCCUUCCUUCAUAAAAAGCCCAUUCUAAAGAAGAGAACGGCCUCUCAGGCCAUCCUCCAACGCUCCAUUACGACCCGAACACUCCUCAGUCAUGCGGGUGCAAUUUUGAAAGCCCGAGAAGCAGACUCUUCAAGGGGCCGUCCCGGUCUAGGAAGGUCUGCCUCUGACUAUGUUCUUCCCCAGACAUAUUUUGAAAAUUCCAGUAGAUCGACCAUGUCUUCUGGUACCGACACUCCCAGCGACCGACGCCAUAUCAGCUUCAACAAUGAAGUUUCGCAAUGCAUCGCAGUGGAAGGGAAGGACGAUUAUUAUGAUGAUAUGGACUAUAGCACGAUUGUCGACGAUGACAUGCUAUCUGAAGAUGGAGUGCUUAUGAUGCGGGAAAUGCCACCACGACCGCGACUAAGCAAUCAAAGUACCCCACGAAGCAGCUUCAGCAGCGAUAGCAAAACUAUCGCCCCAUUACCGCCAACCACUCUUAAAUACCGUAGGGAUACCCCAGAGCCUGAUGUCCAAGCACCUGUUAGGUCAUCUCCAUAUUCAUGGUGGCCUUUACCAGUCCCGCGCCUUUCCCACUCUGCUUCAACGGAAACCCUCCGUCCUCCGAAGCAUCAACAACGGCAACAAGUUCAUGAGAAUUUCCUUCUUGACGACCGUGAUGAUGAGGGUGAUGAUGAUGAUGCCACUGUUACGUCCGACAUGGAUGUGAAGUGGCAUUUACCGGGCCGGAAAAUGGUUGAAGAUGAAUUACCCGCUUAUAAUGGGUUGUGGUUCAGCAGCGACUCCAGCAAACAUCAACAGCAAAAUAGUAAUGAUUAUCACAAUCACAUCGAUCAUAAUAACAAUCGAGAAUCAUAUCUCUCAUCUUCGGACCGGUUUUUCUCAUUCGAUUACGACGACUUGUAUGAUAUUGACGACGCCACCUCACGCAAUGAUGAGGGGGAAGGGGAGCAUAUGAAAUUUGGGUUUAUCGGCAAGGUUGUCGACACUGUUAAUACCGCGAAGGAUAUCGCGCAUGUUAUUUGGAAUGUCGGCUGGGGGAGCUAA